UGGGAUUUUUUGACCCUUUCCAGACUCAGGACGCAUUUUAAGGACAUGGGACUCCAGAUUUAUAUCCUACUUCUCCUCCCAUGGCUGACAGGGGCCAUCUUGGACAUCACCCUAAUUGCCAAUGUGCAGAGCCAGUCCCACUCUGACUUCUUCCUCUCCUGUGUCAUGGGAGAGCGGGAUGUGAGUUACCUGCAGAUCGAGAGGGACAACAAAAUUGUGAUGACACACCCCAAGACGGGCUUCCAGAAUUACCGCAAUCGCAGCAACUAUGUCCAGGCCAGGGGCUUCUCCAUGCCCGACCUAGUGGGGAUCCUCUACUGCCUGGGCCGCACACCAACGGAGCAGGCCCAGGUGGUCUAUGUGCACAACAGCCACAACGCCCACCUCUUCCCUGUGAAGGCCACGCAGUCCGUGAACAUCGCCGAGUCAGCCACCUUCUCUGCCAAAGUCCUCAAGAAGAAGGAGACGGAUGUUAUGUGGAAAAGAAAUGGUACCUACUACCAGACCACAGACCGGGGCGAGGUGCGGGACAAUGUCUUCAAGCUGACACUGCCCAAUGUGAGCGUGAGUGAGAACGGUGUCUAUAGCGCCACUUUUAUGGGAGACAGCCCAGUGUGGAGUGCCUUCUACAGACUCAUUGUCAGAGCGUGUGCCGCAAAGAAAUGGGGGCCCUCCUGCGAGAAGGACUGUCCUGACUGCCUGAACGGGGGCGUCUGCCACGACCACGUCGGCGAAUGCAUCUGCCCCCCAGGCUUCAUGGGCACUCGCUGUGAGAGAGCCUGCCGGGAAGGCCAGUUUGGCCGUAACUGCCAGGAGACAUGCCAGAGAGCCCAGGGCUGCAGAGGGCUCAGCUUCUGCCUUCCAGACCCCUACGGCUGCUCCUGUGCCUCUGGGUGGAGUGGCUCCCGUUGCAACCAAGCCUGUUCCCCGGGGUUCUACGGCCCGGACUGCGCCCUCCGGUGCUCCUGCCGAAACGGAGGCAGCUGUAACCGCUUCAGUGGCUGCUUGUGCCCGUCAGGCUGGCAUGGACGGUACUGUGAGAAGUCAGAUCGGUUCCCCCAGAUCAUCAGACUGGCCUCAGAGCUGGAGUUCAACCUGGGCUCAGAGCCCGUGAUCAGCUGUGUAGCCACUGGGAAGCCACUACCUGCAAGUGACAGCGUAGAGAUGCGCAAGGCUGAUGGCACCGUGCUCAAGCUGAUCAAAGCCAUCAUUGAGCCAGGGCAGAUCACGUGUGAGUUCCAGGUGCUGAGCUUGACCAAGGCCGACGCAGGGCUCUGGGAGUGCAGAGUCUCCACAACCGGGGGACAGGACAGUCGGAAGGUCAAAGUCAACGUCAGAGUGCCGCCCACACCCCUGACUCCACCUCGGCUGUUGGCCAAGCAGAGCCGGCAGCUCGUGGUGUCACCUGUGGAUUGCUUCUCUGGUGAUGGGCCCAUCAUCUCCAUCAAGCUGCUCUACAAGCCCAAGGAUGACACCUCCGUGUGGUCAUCUAUUGUGGUUGACAACAGUGAGAACAUCACCCUCAUGAACCUCCGGCCAGUGACCGCCUAUGUCGUCAAGGUGCAGCUGACCCGGCCAGGGGACAAUGGGGAGGAGGCCAUCAUGGUGACGGAAUGCAUAGAGCCCACAGUGAAACCUGUGAUUGAAGGUUGGUCAAUAGAGGAGAAAAAUACACUUCAUGUGAACUGGAAAUUGCCACAUAACCACGAGCCAGCACAUGGGUUCAUCGUCCAUCUUUUUGACUCUGCAAGGAGGCUGAUCUGUGAGAAAAACAUCACGUCCAUAUCUGUGCUGUCUGCUCGCAUUGCGGAUCUGGAAUUCAACACAGAGUACAGCCUGGAGGUGCUGGUGUACCACUGCACGAGCCUGGGCCCCCCCUCAGACCUCUACAAGGUCAUGAUAAACAGCAAAGGCCCCUCGUCCCCACGGUCGCUUUCCGCAGAGUCCCUGUCUGACACAGCAGUCAGGCUCUCCUGGCAGGUCCCCGAGUACCCCAAUGGGGGCAUCACCAAGUACAUAGUGGAGCUGCAGCAGGUGGGGGGCACCAGUGAACCCCAGUGGAUUGACACAGACAGCGGCGCGGAGACGACCAAGACCAUCGGGGGCCUCAAUGCCAGCACGAACUACCAGUUCCGUGUCCGGGCCAACUCCCACGUGCCAGGAGAGUGGAGCCAGCCUGUGAAAGCUAAGACCCUGGGGGACGGAGUGCUGAGCGCACCGCCCAGCCUGGGCAGCCAGAGCACCGAUCAGUCGGGCGUAGACCAACAGCUGCUCUUGGCCAUCAUCGGCUCUGUGUCCGUCACCUGCCUCACCAUCCUCUUUGCCCUCCUUGCACUUUUCCUCGUCAAGAAGAACUUUUUCCACCGGCGCCGCACCUUUACCUACCAGUCUGGCUCGGUGAGUGCCGCCUGCCCCACCAGGAGUGUGUCCCCAGCUCCCCACGUCCCAGCCCGAUCCAGGUCACGCUCUGUAGCCUCCAGUCCGGAUGCCACCAGGCCUCACUUCCACGCAGAGAGGGGGGAAGAGACCAUCUUGCAGUUUAACUCGGGGACCCUCACCUUGACACGCCGGCCCAAGCCACAGCCUGAGCCCCUCAGCUACCCCAUCUUGGAGUGGGAGGAUAUCAAGUUUGAAGAUAUGAUCGGGGAGGGGAACUUUGGUCAGGUCAUCAGGGCUAUGAUCAAAAAGGAUGGCCUGAAAAUGAACGCAGCCAUCAAGAUGCUGAAGGAGUUUGCUUCGGAGAACGACCAUCGGGACUUUGCUGGGGAGCUGGAGGUGCUGUGCAAACUGGGCCAUCACCCCAACAUCAUCAACUUGCUGGGUGCCUGCGAGAACAAGGGCUACCUGUACAUCGCUAUUGAGUAUGCCCCCUACGGAAACCUCCUCGACUUCCUCCGCAAAAGCCGAGUCCUGGAGACGGACCCAGCCUUUGCCAAGGAGCAUGGGACUGCAUCCACCCUCACCUCCCAGCAGCUCCUCCAGUUUGCCUCAGAUGUGGCCAAGGGAAUGCAGUACCUGAGUGAGAAGCAGUUCAUUCACAGGGACCUGGCAGCCAGAAAUAUCUUGGUGGGAGAAAACCUGGCCUCCAAGAUUGCUGACUUCGGGCUCUCCAGAGGGGAAGAGGUCUACGUGAAGAAGACAAUGGGUCGCUUGCCCGUUCGCUGGAUGGCCAUUGAGUCACUGAACUACAGUGUGUAUACCACCAAGAGUGAUGUAUGGUCAUUUGGUGUCCUGCUAUGGGAGAUUGUCAGCUUGGGGGGGACACCAUACUGUGGGAUGACCUGUGCCGAGCUCUACGAGAAGCUCCCUCAGGGUUACCGCAUGGAGAAGCCACGCAACUGUGAUGACGAAGUGUACGAGCUGAUGCGGCAGUGCUGGCGUGACCGCCCCUACGAGCGCCCACCCUUUUCACAGAUCUCCAUGCAGCUCAUCCGCAUGCUGGAGGCCAGAAAGGCCUACGUGAACAUGGCCCUGUUUGAGAACUUCACCUACGCAGGGAUUGAUGCCACCGCAGAGGAGGCAUGAGGCUGCGCCCAGCACCGUGCAGCCGGCUGCCCAGCU